GGUAAAAUAUUGGUGGUUGUAUUUUGUGCUAAUGUUGGUUAGCUUGUAUAUGAUAAAAUGCUGGGGCCGGCCCAUAUCGUUUUACCUAUUUCAAAAAUUCGUUUUGGAUGUAACAUUUCGACCCAAGACCCGACUCGACCCAUCGGUAAACACCCGAAACCUUAACCACACACCGAUCCACGGCGGCGAUGGGCGGAGCUCCACCUCCCGCCGCCUCCUCCGCAUCAUGAAAUUCAAAUCCUCCAUCAUCAAUAUCCUUUUCACCAAACACCUUUCAUCCACACCACUCAACACCUCACUCAUGAACAACAACAUAUCUACUCUCACUCAAACCCUAACUUCACUCACCACCGAAUCCUCCACCGUAACUAACUCCGACGACCGCAUCUGCUCCGAAACCACAGAAACCGCUCCCCCUUUACCGCCGCCGUUGAUAACAGAAUGUUCAUUUUUUGGUAGUUCAGACCGAGAGGCUCGGAUCGAGAAAGCUUUAUCUUAUUGGAGAAAAUUAGGUCAACCGAAGCUGAUUGUUGCUCCGAUGGUGGAUAAUUCGGAGCUACCUUUUCGAAUCCUCUGUAGACGAUACGGAGCUGAAGCUGCAUAUAGUCCUAUGCUUCACUCUCGGAUAUUUUCUGAGAAUGCCAAGUAUCGGUCUCAGGAGUUUACUACCUGCAAGGAAGAUCGGCCGUUGUUUGUUCAGUUUUGUGCGAAUGAUCCGGAGACGUUGCUAGAAGCAGCGCGUAGAGUGGAGGCGUGUUGUGAUUACGUUGACAUUAAUUUGGGGUGCCCACAACGUAUAGCUAGACGCGGAAACUACGGAGCUUUUCUAAUGGAUAAACUUCCAGUAAUCAGAUCGUUAGUUGAAAAGCUAGCGUAUAACCUCCACGUUCCCGUUUCUUGCAAAAUUCGAAUCUUUCCAGACUUGCAAGACACUCUAAACUACGCAAAAAUGCUAGAAGAUGCAGGCUGCUCUCUUCUCGCAGUUCACGGUCGCACUAGAGACGAAAAAGACGGGAAAAAGAUCAGAGCGAAUUGGGACGCCAUACGUGCGGUUAAACACGCUCUUAGAAUCCCAGUUCUUGCAAACGGAAACAUCCGUCACAUGGAUGAUGUGAACGAUUGCUUGGAGCAUACUGGCGCGGAUGGUGUACUUUCAGCUGAAUCGCUUCUUGAAAACCCGGCUCUGUUUGCGGGAUUCGGAACCGUCGAUCAGCGUGAUUUGGUGGUUGAGUAUUUGCAGCUUUGUGAGAAGUAUCCUGUGCCAUGGAGGAUGAUUAGAUCUCAUGUUCAUAAGAUGUUGGGGGAAUGGUUCAGGGUUCAUCCACACGUACGGGAAGAUCUUAACAAGCAGUCCAAAUUAAGCUUUGAGUUUUUAUAUGAUAUGGUUAAUCGGCUUCGUGAUCUUGGUGAAGAAACUGUUUCGGAAACUGCAUCUGAGGACGAAGAUGGAGUGCAAGUUCAUUGUGCAGAGAGUUAGAAACUGGAUUUGAAAGGGGAAUCACUUUUCUAUUAAUUUACAUGAAUUCAUUGGUUUAUUAUUAGACCAAAGAUAAUAACCUGGUAUUUAUCUCCAUUUUUGGGUAGUCAAUUGUGAUAAUAUGAUGAAAAAACAUCAUUAUUGACGUUAUGAUUCUCGACUCUAAGGAGCUCAUGUCGAAUUCAAAUUCUAAUAGCUCGAUAAAAUCUCGGCUCGUUAAAGCCCUAAUUAGAUUUGUUA